AUGAAGUUCACACUUCCCUUUCUCGCCCUAAUCCUGGCCUUCACUGGCCACACUUUUGGCUCGCCGCUGCCGGCUGACGCGCACGUCGCGCAGCACCACGCGGCGGUGCUGCUCAAGCUCAACGACGGCCGCACAGCGAGCUGCCAGCUCGCGCAGCCGCGUGCGCACCACGCCGCCCAAGUGGUCUCGUCGGCACUCGUAGCCAGCGCCAAAAUGGCCUGCAAGGAGCCGGGCCAAGACUCGAGCGUCGAACGUGGCGAUGCGCGCGGCAAACUCUUCACCUGCGAGAGCGGCCAGAACGUCAGCGCGGACGAGGCCAACGACACCAUCCGUGCCGCCUGCAAGGAAAACUUUGGCCUUCAUGAGGUGCUCUAA